GCUACGCCAAAUUACCACACCACGCAAUUGCUACUCGAUUCCACUCCGCCGAUCGGAAAAUGGACCAUUCCGCCGCCUCCGCCGAGAUGCGCUCCGACUUCCUGCAGCUCCUCCGCAGCCGCCGGACUGCCGAAGUUCCUCUUUCUGUUGAAUCUGCGCAGCCUGUAAAAGAUCCACUAUUUCAGGAAACUCCGACGCCAACCUACAGUGAGGCUAUGGAGUCGUGUCCAAAGAAAGAGAUUCCGAAUUUCAAGGAACUGCUUCAAGAGGAGAAUUUUUACCUAACUACUGAGGCAGGGGAGCAAGGACGUCUGCCGGUAAUGCUAUUGAAGCUGAAAGAGGUUACUCCGGAGAGAAGGCCAGCAGUGGUUUUCCUGCAUAGCACACAUAAAAACAAAGAGUGGUUGAGGCCACUACUUGAGGCGUAUGCUUCAAGAAAUUAUAUUGCUAUAGCCAUUGAUUCGCGUUAUCACGGAGAGCGUGCUAGAAACUUGACAACCUACCAAGAUGCUCUAGUAUCAUCGUGGAAACAUGGAGAUACGAUGCCUUUCAUUUUUGAUACGGUAUGGGACUUGAUAAAAUUGGCAGAUCAUCUUGUAGAAAGGCUGGAUAUCGAUCCUUCUAGGAUAGGAAUUACUGGUGAAUCACUGGGAGGAAUGCACGCAUGGCUUGGUGCGGCUGCUGAUACUCGUUAUUCAGUAGUUGCCCCCCGUAAUUGGAGUUCAGGGGUUCCGUUGGGCGAUUGAGCAUGACAUGUGGCACGCUCGAGUUGACAGCCUUAAGCACGUAUUUGAAGAGGCGAGAGUUGACUUGGGUACCGUUACUGUACCGAAUCUUUCGGUACGGUCAUACCGUACCAAAAACUACGGUAUACCGAAAAAU